UAGCAAUCAAGUGUGUGUAUGUUGUUAAUGACUAGUAUAAGAAAUAUUAUGAAAAUUUGAUCUGAUGAUAGAUAGAACUGGGGAAAAAAGUGUCACCCUGAAAUGCUAAUAAACCAAAAAAUACAUUUUACACCAAAUUCAUAAUCCAUGUAAUUGUAAAUAUGCUACUACCUUUGUAGUGUGCGCUCUCUCUCUCAGGACAAAUGAUUUUGUACACUUCUGUAACUACAGGUUUCUGGGUUCAGUGCCCACUGAACAGCGGUGUUAAAGGGGUCAUGAACUGAGAAAUCAAAAUGAUAUAUCUUUUAAUAUACUAGAAGUGAUUUUGCUAUAAAACAUUUUAUAAGUUUCAGAACUCAAAACAUAAAUGUUAGUCUAAAAACUGCUUAUAUUGAAGUCAACCUUUCAAAACGACUGGUUGUGGAAUAUGCCCUUUUAUGACGUAAUAGUGUGGCUAAGCACCGCUUCCGCUGAAGAUCAUCAGCACCUGAUUCUACAUCACUGCCUGUUUAGCCCCGCCCACUGAUUCGCACAUGUAGCGUAAAUAAUGAGAGAGGCAAAUGCAGGUCUACGCAGAAAUCGAAAGAUACACUUUAUCUUAAUUUUUAAUAAAGUUCCAUUCUUUUUAAUGAAGGUCACUAUUGCUUUGUCUGUUAUUACAGAUUGUUUGAUAUUUACUGAGUUAUAAUGUGUUUUUAACCUAAAUCACAGCAGCGUACAUCUGUGAAGGAUGUAGACUGUCAAUCAUACACAAUUUACUUUCGAGUCUACAAUCCUGCUAGGUCUAUUCAAACAGGACAGAAAAUAGCCUAUAAGUUCUAAAUUAUAAUGUUUUCUGAUGUAAAAAUCUUGAUAACAUUAUAUAAGUGGACCUCAGAGAACAGUACAAAAUAAAAAGCAAAGGCAGUUCAUGACCCAUUUAAGCUAUGUUGAGGUGUACUUUACAGUUACGUCAAGUCAUAUGUGUAAAAAUACAUUUACGAAAUAAAUUCUGUCAUGCACAAUAAAUAGACUGCCACUCGGUUUAGUAAGAGUCAUUUUAUGUGUUGAUUACUGUGAAAAGGUCAUGAGUGUCCUAGCUAUCUUUGCAGCUGUAAAGACAGGAAGUGUCUUAAGCGCAAUGCUGGCCCUCUUGCCUCUGUGCAACCACAAUGCAGAUUCAGAGCAUAACAGGAAAAAAAAUGCUUCCUUCUACAAAUAUGCAAAAUAAAGUGAAAGUACAAAAAAAUAUAUUACAACUUUAAUUUAAAAAGACUGAUAUAAGCAAUGUACAGAUUAAUUUUUUUAAACAAAUUUCAGUGUACAAAGAGUGUCAAAGAUUUAAAAUCUGACUACAUUAAAAACAACAUAGUAUUCAAUCUAGAAUAGAAAGUACAGUCACACCUGCUCUACUAUACAGAUCUUAGAUGUGAUAAUCCUUUACAAGAGGUACAUUUAUAUAUAUAUAUUUAUAGAUGUGAUUUACUGAUACCCUGCCCCCACCUUACGUUGUACAGAGCCAUCAGCGUUGUCUUUGUGGUUACUGUCUGUCUCUGCUAAGAAUUGUAUCAGACGGCAUCACACGUCCUGUGUAGCACAAGACACCAUGAGGAUUGGACAAACUAAAUCUUUUCUUUUGCCCGAACAGCACUGGAUCCAUCUGUUGAUAUUCGUUAUAACCCUUAUAACAGGGGCCUUGACAGAUGAAGAUGUGAUAAAAGCUCUGUUGGGUGGGAGUGCGUCUUUUAAAUUUAAGGUUACAACAGGCAUGAAAGUAACCCUAGCUGUAUGGAAAAAGUGUCCGGAUCAGAAGGUUUUUGUGUUCAGCCCCAUCCAUGGACUUAAAAUAUUUGACAACAACUAUGCUGAUCGUCUUUCCAUAAAAUCUAACCACAGCAUUCUACUGGAUAAAUUACAAGAGAGUGACUUUGUGACUUACUGUUACGAACUCACAACUUUCCCAAAUGGGAGUCUUCAAGGACAAAAUAAGCUAGAGAAAACGACAGAAAAUGGUGAUGUGCCCAUCAUGAUAAUCUCCGUGGGUUGCAGUAUAGGUUUAAUAGUAUUAUGUGGAAUCAUCGCAGGAGUGGUUUGCUAUAAGAAGAGGAAAAGCAACACUGCGUUAAAUCCUGGAGGACCUCCUGGCAGUCAGCCCUCUGUGCGGCUGAAAAAUAAGAAGCGACCCAAUCGCAUACGCUCACAGAAUGAAGAAGAUGUGGAGAUUGAAGACUUCAAUUACCUGAAUAUGAAUUAAGAUAACACACAUUAUGUCUAUAAUGGAUAUUACUGUGAAUAUUUUUUUUUUUAUAUAAUUGACUGCUUUAAUGACAAAAAAGAAGUCAGAAAAAUGCCAUGGGCAACAAUAAUCCCAUAUGGAUUGUUAUAUGCACUCUUUUCUUUCUAGCUUUUAAAUAGACUUUAGUUCAUUCUUAUUUUUGUAUUAAUUUUUAUUUUGUAAUAAUACUUUUAUAGUACUACUUUUAUUUGUCUGUGGCAGUAAACAUUUUGUCUCUUUGUUUUUGUUUUGUUGUGCAUGUUGUUCUUUUUCCAUCAAGAUAACUUAAAAAAUAUGAUUAGGAUGAUUAGAUGAUGUUUAUUGGUAGUUGUGUUUUAGUCAUUGAUCUGGCCUCAGUCAAAAGCAUGCUGCUAACAUCAUUAUACUCUAACUGAGUUGCAGUUAUGAUUAAAGUCUUGCCUGAAGUGUGUCAAGUAAUGAUCACUGUAACUUGAAGAAGUCAAAAGUGCAAACAAUCAUCUUAAUUCAUCCUACCAACUUGCAUUACCCUUGUUGUUCAGAUGGUGGCAGUGUACAAGAUUGAAUGAUUCCACGCAAGGCUGCGUUGCAUAUAAAUAUCUCUAUGGAUUUUUGUGAAAUAUUACCACUUCCAAAAGUAUUAUUAACAAUAAUGUCAUUAGUAACUUAGCAGAAGUUUCAACUUUUGUGAGCAGAAAUGGCAUUAGUUGCAUGUUGACUUUUUAUUCAGUUUCUUCAGUUAUUCAGUUAACCACAAGAAAAGUCACUUCCUGACUUCUGAGUGAUCUUUCAGCCCAUCAGCAGGAGGAGCAGAAUGGUCUCUUUUUUUUUGUGUUGCAUUGUUUGAAGUCUGAUUUCCACUCGGUUUGAUCUUUUGUUCUGACUCCUCUCAGAUUCUGAUGACAUCACUGCUGACUGACUGAAUUAAUCAUGACAGCAUAUUCACACAAUAGUCAUUAACAUAUACUACAGAUGUCACAUCUCACUGCUUCCUCUUCAGAAAUGCAAACAUACAAAUAAAGAGCUCUUGCACAAAGCCACAGAAUAAACUGUAUUACAUGUGAUGCAAAGUAACAUCCUGCUGUGUCUUUUAGGGUCUCACCAACGGUUUUGCCAUUGUUAAGUUGCACAGGUUACAUGUAAAUUUAGAGUCUCACUCCAUUAAACGUCAGACCACAGUUUUCUGUUUCCCUUUUUCCUUGCUUAUGGUGUAUGCUAGAAAUAUCAGUGGUUGCAUUGUGGUUUUUGGUAACUGUUUGUAUGCAAUAAGUGAUUUUCAUUAUAAACCAAAUACUUUAUGACAUCAUUUUAUAUCAAUAAAACAUGACUUAUGCCAUCAUCCUUAGAGACUAGCACAU